ACACGGGGAAUCAUGUGACCGCAGCCGGAGAGGAAGCUUCAAUCACGGCGAACAUGUCUGAGCGGACGCCGCUGCUGCAUUACCGGCUCUCCGCCAGCGUCAACGAGUCCGGAGACCACCGGGAGACUCGGACCGGUAGAGAUGAGGACGAGCACCAGAGCCCCGCGGCUGUCCGACGGAAAACCGCCGCUAAACAGCCGCCCAAACUCAACAUAUUCUUCGGCGUGGUGAUCCCAACACUGCUGUCAAUGUUCAGUGUGGUGGUGUUCCUGCGGAUCGGUUUUGUUGUGGGUCAGUGUGGUCUUUAUCAGACUAUAGCAAUGCUGCUGGUGUCGUAUUUCAUCAUCAGUAUGACGGUUUUGUCGGUGUGUGCGAUCUCCACUAACGGAGCGCUGGACGCCGGAGGAGCGUAUUACAUGAUCAGUCGUGCUCUCGGCCCAGAGUUCGGUGGCAGCAUUGGCAUCAUGUUCUUUCUGGCGAACGUGUGCGGCUGUGCCUUCUUAGUGCUGGGACUGGUGGAGGCCGUGCUCACAACCUUCGGGAUUCCUGAAGAUGGCUCGUCGCUGUCUGCAUCUCGGUACAUGGUUCUGCCGACCGGUUACUGGUGGUCUUUCCUGUACGGCACGGUGGUUCUGCUGCUGUGUGUGUUCGUGUGUCUGAUCGGGGCUCAUAUCUAUGCUAAAGCCACCUUCCUCAUCUUCAUCAUUGUCAUGGUGUCUUUAGGGAGCAUUUUUAUCAGUUUCUUCAUCGUGCCGUUUAAAACCGUCCAGCUGCCUGGUCACAGGAACGCUUCCCUCGGGCCGACGAGCGCAAACUUCACCGGCUUUAAGUUAGAAUCUCUGAUGGGAAACGUGCAAGCUGACUACACAGUGGACUACUCCACUGGAGUCAUGAUGUCUUUCGCCACUGUUUUUGCGGUGAUGUUUAACGGCUGCACUGGAAUCAUGGCUGGAUCCAACAUGUCCGGUGAUCUGAAGAACCCGAGCUACUCCAUUCCUCGUGGAACCAUCACAGCCGUCGUUUUCACCUUCGUAAUCUAUAUCCUGCUGAGUAUACUGAUAUCCUGCACCUGUGACCGGGUCCUCCUCCAGCAGGAUUACGGUUUCCUCACAGACAUCAACGUCUGGCAUCCGUUCGUGACGAUCGGUGUUUACUCGUCCACGCUCUCGGCUGCCAUGAGUAACCUGAUCGGAGCGUCCCGUGUGCUCUUCGCUCUGGCUCGAGACGACCUGUUCGGACGCUUCCUGUCUCCAGCCAAACACACGUCUGCGAGCGGGAACCCCUGGGUGUCUGUGCUGAUCUCCUGGAUCCUCGUGCAGGUGAGCUUCAGGAAGAACAGAGGGACUGUCGGUCAGCUCGUGUCUGUGAAGAUGGUUCCUUUAGUCUUCGUGAGCUGAGGUUCAGCUGUAAACAUGUUCCUCCCACAUUCAUAUUUGCCACUCCUGCAACUAGAAUGCCCCACCCACAUCUACCAUGCCCCUCCCACACUCAACAUGCCCCGCCCAUAUCUGCCAUGCCCCUCCCACACUGAGCAGGCCCAAACCAUAUUUACCAUGCCCCUCCCACACUGAGCAUGCCCCGCCCAUAUCUGCCAUGCCCCUCCCACACUGGGCAUGUCCCCGCCCACAUUCAGAAUCUCUUUUGCCAUUUUUUAAUGGUGCUUCUGAAGGCAAUUGUUUUCUGCCAAAAGAAGAUCCACGG